AUGCAGACCAUCAAGUGUGUAGUUGUUGGCGAUGGGGCAGUUGGAAAGACGUGCAUGCUUAUUUCAUAUACGACUAACAAAUUUCCUACCGAAUAUGUCUUCGACAAUUACGCAGUAACUGUUAUGAUUGGCGGAGAUCCUUUUACUCUUGGUCUUUUUGAUACUGCUGGCCAAGAAGACUACGAUAGACUUCGCCCAUUGAGUUAUCCUCAGACAGAUGUUUUUCUUAUUUGCUUUUCAGUGAUUAAUCCCUCAUCUCUUGACAAUGUUAAGGAAAAGGCAAGUAAUCAUACUUUUAAUCGUAUUUUCUGUAAUACCUUGAGAUAA